AUGUGGGGUCACAUCCCGGCCGCUGCAGAGGACAUUCAUGUAUCAGCAUCAGCCUUUCGCCACCGCGGGGAGCGGAUCGGCGUGGCACGAAUUCCACUUGACGUUGGAGGCCAGUGCGCGGCCGUCAUCGAGGAGUUGGCUGAGGGAGUGCCGCGCCUUCCGACUUCGCUGCCGCCCCCAGGGCAGCAGCAGCAGCAGCCAUCGCCGCUACCACGCCGACAACCCGUCCCGUUGAUGCCUCCCGCGCAGCUUCAUCCGGGAGCGCCCCUGGUGGUCGCUCCGGCGCCUGCGGUCCCUCUUCAGUCGCCACCGCCUUCGGAGCUGAUGGACGUCGACCCCUCAGCCGGGCCGCCUUCCCAAGCGGUGGCUGUGCAGCCUGUCCUGCAGCCGCUUUCCUUGGGCACCCCCAAGGAGUCUGACACCGCAGCGCCUUGUCCGGCGCCCACUCAGCAGCCGUCGACGCAGCGUCAGGAGACGCUGCCUCUCUUCGUGGGUCCCGACGCCCCGUCGCGCCCAGUGCCAGAAGCUGCGCCCGUGGUCACAGGUAGGAAUCCCAACUUCCUCUCAGGGCUGUCCAAACGAGAUGCGAACGCCGCGAAAAUUCGGCCCACCGGCCGCGACACGGCGGCAGCGCCGCCGGACAACCAGAGGAGAAAUCAAGCAGAGGACGUCGCCUGGAAUAGAAAUCAGUAUGAGACGACGCGCUUCUCACACUAG